AUGAAGCUCGCAUACCUUCUCCUUGGCCCCAUGGUCCUCCUCCUCCUGGCUGGCUGCAGCUGUGCCCUCAGCACCUCCAGCGGAAACCUGCACACCUUUGUGGGCUGUGCUGUGAGGGAGUUUACUUUCCUGGCCAAGAAGCCAGGCUGCAGGGGCCUUCGGAUCACUACGGAUGCCUGCUGGGGCCGCUGCGAAACCUGGGAGAAGCCCAUUCUGGAACCCCCCUACAUUGAAGCACAUCAUCGCGUCUGUACCUACAAUGAGACCAAGCAGGUGACAGUGAAGCUGCCCAGCUGUGCACCAGGAGUCGACCCCUUCUACACCUACCCCGUGGCUGUGCGCUGUGAUUGCGGGGCCUGCUCCACUGCCACCACGGAGUGUGAGACCCUCUGAGCUGCCAUGGCCUGCAGGACACAGCUGGUGGCCUCAUGCCUCACAGAACCCCCUACACGGCAGUACAAGCAGUGUACCCCUGAAUUCAUGGA